GCUUCACUGCAUAUUUAUUUUUUAGUUAAAGGUUCUACUAGAUUAUUCUUUCUUGUUUGACUAAACGACACGAUUGAUUUGGUUAUAUUGUUGAUUCAAAUAAAGUAAUAUAUAUAAUGGAUUAUUGUUUAAUUUGUUUAUUAUUAAUAGAAAUUUUUAUUUUUCUCAAAAAAUAAUUGAGGAAAUUAAUUAAAUUACUAGACAAAGACUUUUCAACACAUGCACUUAAUCUUGUUACUAUAAAUUAAAGCAAUAAUUAUUGAUAUUUUCUUCAUUAAAUCUUUUUCUCUCUAGUGUUAAUUACAAGAAAAUGAUGAGUGGCUUAAGUUUAUUGUAUGUAGUUUUGAUUAUUGGAGGAAUAUUAUCACCUAGUUCAUCAUAUGGUCAAUUAAGCACAACAUUUUACGACCAAACAUGUCCAAAUGUUACCAAUAUUAUAGAAGAUAUUGUUGCUGAUGUUCUCAACAAUUCCGAUCCUCGAAUCGGUGCUAGCCUCAUCAGGCUUCAUUUCCACGAUUGUUUCGUCCACGGUUGUGAUGGAUCAGUGUUGUUGGAUAAUGACACAACAAAUGGGAUAGUGAGUGAGAAAGAUGCUGGCCCAAACCAAAACUCAAUUAGAGGAUUUGAGGUUGUUGAUAGAAUCAAGGCUGCCUUAGAACAAGCUUGCCCUCAAACUGUUUCAUGUGCUGAUCUUCUAACGAUUGCCUCUGAACGAUCUGUUUAUCUGGCAGGUGGUCCGAGAUGGAGGAACCUAUUAGGAAGAAGGGAUGGAAGAAUAGCAAAUCAGACAGGUGCCAACAUCUUGCUUCCAUCUCCUUUUGUAACCCUAGACGUACUUAAGUCCAAAUUCAUGGAUAAGGGUCUCGACUCAACUGACCUAGUUGCCCUAUCAGGUGCUCACACAUUUGGAAGGGGUCAAUGUGGAGCCUUCAGUAACAGAUUAUUCAAUUUCAACGACACAGGCUCUCCUGAUCCAACCAUAGAACAAAACUACUUAAAAUUACUACAAGAUCUAUGCCCUGAAGGAGGAAACGUCUCCAUCUUAACAGAUAUAGACCCUACCACACCAGAUCAAUUUGACAAAAACUAUUAUACAAAUCUUCAACAACUCAAGGGCUUGUUCCAAAGUGACCAAGAGCUGUUUUCAACACCAGGAGCUGAUACCAUUGAAAUAGUCAACAAUUUUAGUGGGAAUCAAACUGCUUUCUUUGAAAAUUUUGUGAUUUCCAUGAUCAAAAUGGGGAAUUUGAAUCCAAUUACUGGUUCUGAUGGAGAAGUUAGAUUGAAUUGUAGAAAAGUUAAUGAUGUUGGUGAUGGAGUUUCACUAAUUGGAUCAAGAAGUAAGAGUUCUGUUUUUGUUUCCUAAUAAAUAUUUUAUAUAUGAGAUGAUAAGAUGUGACAUUAACAUAUAUGAAUAUUUCAUAUACAUGUGUGUGUUCUGUGUUCACAUAUAUUUAAUGUACAAUGUAUUUGAAUAAACUAAUGGCAUCAAUUAUACAAGCAAACAAUGUUACUAUAUAUUCAAAUUUUGCUAUUUACACAAAUGAUGUGAAAUUGAGU